AUGUCCGCUACUGCCAAAACAACUCUGCCUAAACUUCUGGCAGGCCUGCCCAAAUACGGUCAAGGACAGCUCGUCCAGCCUGUUUCUUGGAAAACCAAGUACCCCAACUCGUUCUACAAGAUCACCCGAACAAAGCUUCGAUUCCAGCAGGUGGAUGAGGCCGGAAAGCCCAUCGUCGCGUCGGCGGUAGCAGAUAAAGGCAAGGCUAAAGAGCAGCCUAGGGAGGAGGACGAAUUCGAGGAGGACAACGACGAUGGAGACAUCUUUGGUGAACUGGCCGAGGAGGAAGCUGUGGUUCAACACACCGGCGGUCGACCACACGGCAAGGCUUGGGGAGUGUUGUUCUGGAAUGGCCAACCCAAGAUCCCCACAAGAAAUGCUCGCAAAUCCCUCACUCCCGAAGCAUCUACCUCCAUCAUCCCAGAAACCGUCAUCCGAGGGCGACUCAAGGAGUCAUGGACACCACUAGAUACCUCUGCUUUGAACGCCGAAAUCAGGCAGGCGGUGGACGGGCUUCAGACGGGACGCAAGGCCAAGCUGCAGACGGGAUACGUUCAGACGUCGAGGGCGGAGAGGAGGGAGGUCAGGAAGGAUCGAAAGGAGAUGAGGCAAGAGAAGCUCAAGAGCAUGACGGUGGUGCUCCCGGCAGGGGAGGUAUGA